AAUAUAAACUUUUUUCCAUCUUUCCCAUCUUAUCCCAGUAUAAAUUCUGGAACUUUUACAUGCUAAAACUCAUUCCACACUUUUACCAAGCUUGUCUCAACAAAGUUUAGUACGCUAAAUUUACAUACAUACAUAGAAAAUACAUAAGUACGUGCAUGCACAAACUUGCAUGUAAUACUGUAAAGUGUCUUUAUUCAUUAAAAAAACCGAAAAAUGGCGCUUUCCUGCCCCCUCUCACCCGGCGGAUGUACCACCCACUUCAACGCAAUUCCAGACUUUUGCUGCGCCAGGCGUGCCUUUGACGAGAGGGGGGUGCGAAAUCUGAUCGAUGAGUUUAAACGAAUCUUCCUCGACCACGACAUGCAAGACGAGUACGGGUUAAUCAUGAACCAUCGCCACUUUCUCCUAGAAGAGAACGAAAUCCUCGUGGAAACGUUGAAGCAGGAUGGAAACAUUAGCGUAACGUUUCCUUGGAGGGUCAAAGACGGUGAAGCGCACCCAACCCCGAAUUCGGAGUGGGAUCAACACAACUUGACAAGGAAAGAGUUCAUCAUCCCACAAACGUGGAAGUUCGAUCAGAACGGGAGCCUAAUUCCGUACGAAUUUUUAGCGUCCGAUUUCCCCCAACCCGAACCAAGUCAGCCAUUUUUGGUAGAAUUGUUUGAAGUGAUGCAGCAACACGGAGUCCAGGACGCGUUGGGACUUCGGCGUCUUGACUGCGAUAGGAAUGGGGAAGCGUUUGAAGUCACACCGGAAGGGAGGCGAGUCAGCGUCACUACGAUGGGAAGCAAACCUGAAAAUAUUUCCGGCACGGUGGGCAAAGUUUUGUGGUAUUUUACAAAAGAUGGAAAUACAGAGGAAGCAAUGGCGUGUACCAGAUGUGGACAGUGUGUUGUAUGCUGUGUUAUUAUGUAAAUAUGUUGUAUAUUUAUAUACAUAUGUGUGCACAAAUAUGCAAGAAGAUAAUAAAUUUGAAAGGAAAUUUUCCUAUAUGCAAAUUUAUCGUACAGUAACCAGUAGGUAACCUACAUAUUUAUUAACUAAUUCGGUUAAUAAAUCAUGGACAUUUAAUAUCUGACACACAUUUGGAAAUUUAAAAUAAUUGAUGAAAUAAUGUGUUCCUUCUAAAUUCUAACCUGAUUUAUUUAUGUGAUUUUUAUGAAAAUAGAUUCCCUAAAUUCUUACAAUGAUUAA